GAUCAGCUGUUCGACUUCUACGUCAUCCUACGUCCUGCUGCUUUUGCAAGUCUUGCAACCACCUGCGGCGCCCGCAACAUGAAAACACAAUCUGAUGUUGAAACGUCGAACAUUUCCGAGGAAAAAAGAAUUAUAAGGGAAUGAUUGAAACAAUGAAAUCUCAUUAUCAGAUGCACAAUUUUUUUGGAACACCAUUUAAACAUUUAAUACAUAACAUUUGAAAAGAGCAAUCUCGAGCGUCAGAAAUUGUCAGAAAUGUCGAGGUAAGCUAUGCAAAAAUGAAUUGCUUGAAGUUACUGGAUACUCUUGAUAUAUUUGGCUGCGCCGGUAUUUGCAUAAGCGCUGAAAGUUCGCUGCUGCUGCAGAAUUCGCUGCUCAUUUUGCAGACGGAAAAUCACUUCCGAAAAUGUUAUUAUUGGGGUAGGAUUAACGGGAUACAAAAGGACUAUCACAUCGCAUACGGUUUUGAAAAGAAUUGCAUGAACGGUCAAGUGUAUUAUUACAGUACAGAUGGUAUGAAUUGGCUACUGCUGCCAAAAGCGACGAAAUGCGGACGAUUCCUGAGCCCGUUGGCGAUUAAUCAAUUCGAGGGCGAUCCGUCCAUCGUCACGAAUGUCUACGAUGUCAAUCCACCCUUUCCGCCGAAUGAGGAUCCCCAGAAUUAUUAUGACGAUCCCAUGCCUAAAGAGCUGAAAGAGGAGGAUCGUCUCGCGGCCACCGUGGAGUCGAUCACGGAGGAUGCCGCAGUCAUCCCGCGAGGGGCCUGGUUCAAGUGUCCGAACGGCGACGUGGUCGAGAAUCCGAGUUUCGGCGGUCUCUGCGACGUGGACGCCUCGUGUCUGAAAUCCUACUUGCACGCCCGUCCGCCGAAGGAGAAGUGGAACGUGAAUUUGUCGUCCCGGCUCGAUUACAAUUACGCGUUGGACUUUUUGGACAGCCUAGAUAUGGAUGUUCCUAAAGAAAGUUGGAAUCUGCAGUUUCUAAGGGGCGGUCGCCUGGCCCUUUUGCACAGCUUGUAUUGGCACGGAAUGACCUUCUUCCACAAGUUGAACUCCCCGCAUCACGGAUUCUUGUACGUCGGGAGUGGAAAGAAGAAUCUAGAUCUUCCGUUCAUGAUGGUCUGAUACACUGAUGACUGCGCGAAUAGUCACGUAAACGUCGUGUAAACGACAUAAUGUAAUGAAAUUGAAGUGCUUUAAAUUUCAAGUGUAACUGUA